AGGGCCUGCCAAGAUGCCUGUCGUGGUGGAGGACGUCCUGAAGCUGCUGUGCUCCAUCUCCGGGAGCAGGAGGAUGAAGGCAGCUGUCAAGCACGCUGGGAGGGGCGCCCUGGUCACAGGGGCCGUGGCUUUCAUUGGCGGCCUGACGGGCGGCCCUCCGGGACUAGCUGUGGGGGGGGCUGUCGGGGGCCUGUUAGGUGCCUGGAUGACGAGUGGGCAGUUUAAGCCCGUUCCUCAGAUCGUAAUGGAGCUGCCCCCUGCCGAGCAGCAGAAGCUCUUUAACGAAGCCACGGCCAUCAUCAGAAACCUGGAGUGGACGGAUGCUGUGCAGCUGACGGCACUGGUCAUGGGCAGCGAGGCCUUGCAGCAGCAGCUGCUGGCGAUGCUGACGAACUACCUCACCAAGGAGCUGCGGGCCGAGAUUCAGUACGAGGACUAGGACUAGGCCGCUCCUCUGGGAGGCGGGGUUUCUUCUAGAUGACCCUGUGACUCUUAACUGGGGAAUUGGGAGAAAGCCAGCAGGUCUCUGUGAGAAGGCUCCACGUCGUCAGCGUCUUCCCUUAAGCUGAAGAGGCUACUGCUGUGCGUGUCUUGUGCCAGAAGUUAUUGGUGAAGAAUCUGUUUUUCUGGCUGUGUACGCUGAUGACAGCCCUCUGACCAGCACACUGGUGAGAAGCCAAGGCCUGUCUGCUGUGGGGUUUGGUGGCAGUCUUCUGAGUCCUCUCCUCGCGUGGGUCUGGAGGAGGUUGCCAGGUUCGGCUGGCUCUGUGGCUACGCCGGAUUCUCCCUCCAGCAGGGCCUCAUCUUGGAAAGAUGACGCCUCUUCCAAGCACCUGUUGCAGGACUGGAUUCCCCUCCGGCCCUGUGGUCUCAGGGCCUCAGAGUGGCCCAUGCUGGAAUCACGUGUACCUUCUGGGUACACCCCCUCCCUCCCCAGUGACUUCUGAGUAGCUGCCUGAAGGAGACGGUGGCUCAUGGAGCGAAGCUGCAGACCCAAGUGCACUUGGCCCCGUCUUCCCUGGCUGCACGCCCACCUCCCCGCCACCCUCGCCCGCCGGGCCUUGCUUGCCUCAUCGGAAAUACUUUCAGGGUAAAGUCCAGGCAUACCUCAGAGAUAGUGCAGGUUCAAUGUCAGACACCACAGUUAAGCAGAUGUCACAACAAAGUGAGUCACACAGUUAUUUCUGGUUUCCCAGUGCAUAUACAAUUAUGUUUAUACUACAUUAAGAGUCUAUCAAAUGUGCAAUAGCAUUAUGUCUAAAAAAUGAAUAUACCUUAAUUUCAAAAAAACUUUAUUGCUAAGAAAUGUUGACACAGAGACACAAAGUGUGCACAUGGUGUUGUAAAAAUGGCACUAAAAUAGAUUUUCCUAACACAGGCUUGCUAUAAACCUUCAGCUUAUUUUUAAAAACGCAAUUAUCUGUGAAGUACAGUAAAAUGAGGUGUGUCUAAUUGCUCUUUCUGGAGUGGUGUGGUCAUAAACCAUCUCUAAGAAAUGUUUCCACCCUAAAGAUUCCCCUCACAGAGUCAGCCCUCUGUAUCCAUGGGUUCCAAAUCUGUGGAUUCAACCAACCUUGGAUAUUUCUUUAAAAAAAUCAUGUCUGUACUGAUUUUUUCCUUGUCAUUAUUCCUAAAAUAGAUAGUAUAAUAACUAUUUACAUUGUAUUAGGUAUUAUCCAUAAUCUGGAGAUGAUUUAAAGCAUACAACACCAUUUGAUCUCUGGAACUUGAGUGUCCUCUGAUUUUGGUAUCUGAGGGAGGUCCUGGAGCCAAUCCCCCCUGGAUACGGAGGGACAGCUGUACUGUAUUCUCUUUGUUUUUGGAACUGAAACGUGAGUGUCGUCAAAUCACAAUAAACUUUUUUUGAGCGGUCA